AAAAUGUUUUUACAUGGUCCCCUGCCCAUGUAGUCUAGUGGAGUCUCCCACCCAACAGCUGGAAAGUGCUCAGGGGACCACCUUCCUGAAUGGAUUCAGAAAGCAGGAGCUCUAGCUCAUCGAGAAGUGGGUGGGCCAAGCUUUCCUUGGAAGCAAAGGUAUGAUAAUUGCCUUUCUCUUUCCCUGCCUUUGGGGACUCCAUUACCCACCUAGGCCAGGAGGAUAGCAUCUCCUUCUUCCUUUCCAGGGGCACACGUCCAGACCAUCACCAGCCACUUCUGCCCCAAGAUCUCCCACCUCAGUGGCCGCUGGACCUCGUGGAGUGGGUGCUAAGGCAGCCGCGUCUAACCCAUCCAGGCUACUCAGCUGGCAUGAUCAAAUGACUUCUGGGGAACUGGCCACUUUGGCUGCUCCUUCUAAGUUGGGGAGUCGGAAUCGGAGCAGCCCCUCACGUUCACAGACAGCAGAUGUGAAAUCCCCAAAGACUAGUAGGCCACAGACUCCUUUAAGCCCCUCCCCAGAGCAGAGGCGCCCCCCUUCUAAGAGUUCACCCCCGAAGGGAAAGGAGCCUUCUCUACAACUCCGCACAGACGUGAAAUCCCCAAAGACUAGUAGGCCACAGACUCCUUUAAACCCCUAUCCAGAGCAGGGGCGCUCCCCUUCUAAGAGUUCACCCCCGAAGGGAAAGGAGCCUUCUCUACAACUCCGCACAGACGUGAAAUCCCCAACGCCAAGCAGGCCACAGACUCCUUUAAACCCCUAUCCAGAGCAGGGGCGCUCCCCUUCUCCGAGUCCAUCCCUGAAGGAAAAGGAGCCUUCUCCACAACUCCGCAUAGAUGUGAAAUCCCCAACGCCAAGCAGGCCACAGACUCCUUUAAGCCCCUCCCCAGAGCAGGAGCAUCCCCCUUCUCAGAGUCCAUCCCCGAAGGAAAAGGAGCCUUCUCUACAACUCCGCAGGACAAAGGCAUCGCUGGCAGUGGGCCCUUCUGAUCAAGGCUGGGAUAAUGCGGGUGUGAGGCCCUCCAAAGUGGGUGGCCAAACAUCAAGACCUCAGAGCAAAGCACUGGAAACAGAAAAACAAAGUAAAGAUCUAGCUAAACAGAUCCAGUCCAGAAGCGCCUCAGGGAAACCACCCAGGAGCAAUAAGUCCAUAAACAAAUUGGGAAAGGCUCUGAGUUCAGGUAAGACGAAAUGCCAAUUAAAUGAUCUACAGCAAUGCUUAGCUCCCAUAUCCCCCACCAUCAUGCUCCUGCCUGGUGCUAGUGUCACUGAGAGCCAGGCACCCACUAACGGCUCCAUUUGCUUUACAGCGAGACAAAGAAGCAGCCCUACUUUCAUAACCAUCUAUAGUGUCUUGUCCUCAUCGCUGGAGAGACUGAAAGGCAAGGGUGAUUACAAGGUACCGGACCCUAAUGUAAGAUGCUAAACCUAACCCACACCAUACAUUUGAAGUACUCUAAUGCAACUUUAAAGAUUUUGGCUUCCACCAAAGAUUCCUGGGAACUGUAGUAUGCUUAGGAUGCAGAACUCACAGACCCACAAUUCCCAGCACCCUGAACAAACUACAGUUGCCAGGGUUAUCCAUGAGACCAUGAUAUAAGAGCGGUAUUAAAUGGUUGUACUGGUGAGACGGCAAAAUGUGCACUUGAGGUGAUGAUCUGUGAUAGCCCCUUUCCAUGUGCCACCCUUCACUUGAGGUUGCAGUCAUAUAUGAACCAGCCCAUAGUGUAAAAGUUCUCCCAUGCUUUCUUCUUUCUUCCAGGGGCUUCUUUCUGCAUUUCUAAAUCACUGAAGCUCCAAUGGAAAUCUGUCCAUAAGUGUUCAUUUUACGGCCCCUCCCCAAAACACACUCCAUUUUAACAAUAAUUACAAUAAUGAUUUUAAAUAUAAUCGGGGUCAUAAAAUGACACAAAUCACAAGGGUUGUGGGGAAGGUGUGCUGCCCUAUCCAUUGCAGCUACAUCAUGACCACCAAGCCAUGAUGAUGAUAAUGAUGAAGACGACCAGGGUGGACAGAACAUUAGCCCCGAGCAAAAAUGCUGGACUUCUGAUAGCGUGGAAAGUCAACCGCAGUUCCAGUUAUAGCUUACAACAGAAGAGCAAAGGCUGUAUUUUCCUAGGAGAACCUGCUUAGAAACAGUCCUAGUAGACAGCUAAAAGGGAGAGGGUUUCUCUGCCUGGUCAUGCUUGCCUGGCACCAUCAUUACUAUCCUUUAGGUCCCUUCUAGUUUCCCAAGCUUUUAAUGGUAUCUGAGAUCCUGGAUGUAGGGGAAGCAAUGACAAAGAGGACAACUGCUCUUUGAUAGUUAUGUUUUAUGUAGUUUGCAUUUGUUAGGUAAGCUGCCUUGAGGGCUUUAAAAUGCAAACCAGGAUAGGACCACCUUAAAUAGAUGGUGUGUUGUAACACAUUGUGCUCCCCUGCUCUUGCUUUCAGAAGUUGUAACAGAACCACUUUGAAAGGACCUUGUCUUGAUGGAGUCCACGGCACAUUUGGUUCCUGUCACAGCCCGUGUUGAAGUGAUGAGUGAACCAGGAUGCUACUCAAUAAAGGUUACUUAUAUAUAUAAAAGGAAAUUGGAACAACUCGUUGCUAUAGAUAUGCCAAGUAUCAGACUAUUUUUUAAUAAACAUAGAAGAAGGAAGAGGAGGUCUUGUUUUCUUUCCUUUUCUGGUUAGAGCCAAACCCAACCAGAACUCACAGA